CUUUCCACCACGUCCUCCAUGACUGUAACCGCUAGCUCGUCAGGUGAGGCCGAUAGACAACUAAGAACGCGUUGCGAAGAGGUUUGGAGCCGCGGUGAGGCACUGCAGAGGAGGUCUUGUUUUGAUGGGAGGCGUUCAAUCCGGAUAAGGGACUUGUUGUAACCUGGGCUAUUGUCACCUUGAUGGACCCGUCUCCCGAAGGCUCCCAUGCCCACCGCACAUACAACAAUUGCCCUCCCGAGCACAAUUCACCUGUGAGUUCUUCUCCCAUGUUGCCAUCCCAUCCUUGUCUGUCGUUUUUGUCUUUCCUUCUAUAAUUCCUUCGAUCUUAUUCUCUUCGCUUCGUCGACAUUGAUCCCCCAGUCCUCGCGUACUGUGUACGUUGCAGCAAGCCCUCGGCUUUCACUUUGACCGCUGUUUCUUCCUGUCCUCCUCGAAUUUAGACACAUAAUCGUCUCCACUUUGAUUCCUAGUCUAUCUGCACUCGCUUUCUGUCUAUCUUCUAUCCUUCGCCACAACUUCUCAAAAGAUGAACACGGCCACGACCGCUUACUGCCAGUUCAACCAUCCACCUCCCACCUACAACACCCUCGACAGCCGCCAGAAAACUCGCCUCAUCCGUACUACGCGAAAGCUUGGGGCCGUCCUCGGUACGACCCCUCACCUGGCUGAGAGCGACUCGCCCGUCUUCGUCUCACCCGACAGAGAGAGGCCACUGCCGUUCUCUUCCAAACGCGACCGCAAGCGCCGCCAAGGCUCAAUAUUUGAGUUCCUCCCUCCCUCAGGACCCUUCGCAUACGACUAUGCAUCUUCCUCCGCCAGCUCGUCCAUGAGCGAGCUCGCGCUCCCCCGGUCAAGCAUCGACUCAAACGACUCCGAGCUGUCUACCCAGUCGCUGCCUGCACCCAAAUCCUUCGCGCGUCACGUCCGCGAGAGGUCGAAGAGCAAGGGCAAAUGUAUGCCUCUUCCCACUCCUCUCGUUCUCAGGUUGAACGCGGUCGCGCUCCCCCUUUCCGACCCACGUCUCGCCACACCCGAUACCGUCGCUACGCUGAAGAGCAUCAGCACAGCAACCCGGUCCGCGAUCCCUGUUACUCCUACGACGCCCGUAACACCAUCGACGCCCACCGCGACUGAGACGCGGAGGAGGCGUCUCGCGAAGUUGAAACGCACGCUGGGGGAAAACGUCCCUGCAGAGCUGGUCAUGCCCUUCAGGACCCCGCGCGCUCAGCGCCCAUCACCCGUCGCCAUCACAUCCGCCGCGCAGACCCUCUUGUCCCCUCGACUCGGGAGUGCGCCUUACAAACCAGCGAAUGCGGACUCGCAGAAGCAACGGAGCCCGCGCGCGAAGCCACUGUCCCCCUCGCAGAAGACCGAUCCGCUCGUGCACUCUUGCGCGAGGUCUACCUCAUCGAAGGACAGCCCGCGGAGACGGAGUGCUUCUGUGGACUUCAAGCAUGGGGUCAUGUCUCCCGCGCUCGCAGCCCCGUCAGCUCCCCAGCCUCCCUCGAAAUCAUACCAUCAUUCGCGUGCACCCUCGCACGCUGCGAAUAUGUUCACGUCUGAGACGUAUCCUCCCGUUGCGUAUUCGGUCACAACCGUCCCUCGCGAUCCAGUACCGAGUCCAGAUUCGGGACGUGUGUGGGUGACUGGUGCGGAGUCGUGGACGGGCGAGUGGAACAGGAAGGAUAUCCGGGAAGUACAGCGUCAGUUGCGAAACCUCAGGCUUCGAUGAGGCAACGGGCUCCCUUGCUAGUUGCAGUGCUUCCUCGUGAUGUUCUCAGACGUUUGCCAUCCGCUCGACCAUACGACAACGUACGGUGGACAACUACGGCAGACGUCUGGGUUUCGACACACGGUCGAGCAGGAUAUGGCUUGGUCUGACAUCGACGAUGCGUGUGGAACGCUGACUCUCCCGUAUGCGUCUGUAUAAUCUCCACUACAUCUCAUGAAUGGGACUGGGUGUGACAUGGACUUCGAGGCUAUUGGAACUAUUAUUAUUAGGCGUGUCGUUGCAACGAUAGGAAUAUGAUGUGUAUAUUACCUGUAAUGC